AUGGGAGUUCAACUCAUUAACAAUAAUCUCCACUUUUUGUUAGAUUAUGAAUCCUUGUAUGAACAGUUAUGUGCUGUUGAGCUAUUUCUAGUGCAAGUUUAUGGUAUAGUAAACCAAAAUUCAUAUUUGUAUCAUGGACCAGCCUGUUCCCCAUUAUGCCAUGUUCAAGAACUAUUUAAUAUUCCAAUACCCUAUAAAUCACAUGUAGACAGAAUUUCUGUUUUACAUUUUAUUCAAAAUAUUUGGAAGGUUUUAUGGAAACAGUAA